CCUUUCGCAAUCAACGGGUGGUCAUCCCUGAAACAAAUUGGUUCUCUUGGGCGCAACAACUUUCGUUUACUCUCUGUGUACUCUGCGCUAGCUGCUUCUCGUCAUCACCGUCACCAUGUCCAAGAAACCCGCCGAUGUGGCGUCAAAAGAGCGCAACGAAUAUAUCCCGUCUUUCAUCUCGAAGAAGCCGUUCUAUAUCGACGACGAUUCUUCCGCCAAUGAUUACCUCGAGCAUCAACGUUUGCAGAAAUCGACAACCGACCAGUCGAAAUGGUACGAUCGUGGAAAGCGUGCGGGCCCCGCGGCCACCAAGUACCGGAAAGGCGCCUGUGAGAAUUGCGGCGCCAUGACCCACAAGACGAAAGAGUGCCUAAGUCGUCCCCGGAAGCAAGGAGCUAAGUGGACUGGUAAAGAUAUUCAGGCGGAUGAGGUUAUACAAGAUGUCAAUAUGGGAUGGGAUGCCAAAAGAGAUCGGUGGAACGGCUACGACCCGAGCGAAUAUCAACAAGUGGUGGAAGAGUACGAAGAACUUGAGAAGUUAAAACGGCUCACUAAACAAGAUGGCGAAAAGGGGGACAGCAAUGGUGAAGCCGAUGAUGAUGAUGCGCCCGAAGAAGAAGCCCGCUACGCCGAGGAGUCCGACAUGGGAAGACAACAGAGCACCGCCACCCGCAAUCUCCGUAUCCGAGAAGACACCGCGAAGUAUUUGCUGAACCUGGACCUCGAUUCGGCCAAGUAUGACCCGAAGACACGACGGAUGGUCGAUAUGGGCGCCCAGGAUGAUCAAGCAGCCGCACUUGUUGCUGAAGAGAACUUCGUUCGCGCUUCCGGCGAUGCAGCCGAAUUCGAGAAGGCGCAAAGAUAUGCCUGGGAGUCGCAAGAACGUGGCUUGCAGAAGAUCCACCUGCAGGCAAAUCCGACAGCUGGAGAGGUCAUGCGCAAGAAGGAAGAGGCGGAGACUGUGGCGAAACGUGAAGCUCAACGGAAAGCUCUGCUGGAGAAGUAUGGUGGCCAAGAACAUCUCGACCCCACACCAUUACGAGAUACAAUGGUUGUCGAAAACGAACGGUUCGUUGAAUAUGACGAAACGGGUGCGAUCAAGGGCGCACCUAAGAAAGUGGCCAAGUCGAAGUACGCUGAAGAUAUCUUCAGCAACAACCACACAUCUGUUUGGGGUAGCUGGUGGCACAACUUCGAGUGGGGGUAUGCCUGCUGCUUCUCAACUGUCAAAAAUAGUUACUGUACUGGUGAAGAUGGAAAGCGCGCAUUCCAAGAAGCAGAUCAGCUGUUAAUGCUUACUGAUGCCGAUGCCGAUGCCGAUGCCGAUGCUGAAAGACUUUCCGCCGAACUCGAGGAAACCAACGACACGCACGACGACCCUCAAACUCCAGAGCAGCCUAAGGAAGCAUCCGGCAUCAAUGCAAAGAAGAGGACAUUGAUGGAGGUGCAGUCCGGAAUCUCCGAGGAAGAGAUUGAAUCAUAUAAGCGCAGCCGACUUGCAGCCGAUGAUCCUAUGGCUGCUUUCAUCGGCAAAGACGACCUUGUAUAAAAGCCCUACGCCUAAUUUUUGAUAUUACACCAGCUCUGCUGCAUAAGCGCUUAGCACUUAUGAUAGAUACCCAUCCAAAAUGUGCACACAUCACAUCAG